UAGGAUUCUCUCUCCGAUCCAACAACACCCUCCUCCUAGAACCAUCUCCCACCACUUUACCUACCUCCAUCCUCCGCCACGUGUCCACAGACACAACCCCACUCCACUCACAAUCGAAACUGCAUCUCCAUUCACCGCCCACCAAUGCAACCCCCCGUCACGCUCCUCCGUCUCCGAGCUCCUGCGAUCACCAAGAAAGACGCAAUCAUCACAUCGUAUCGUGACUACUGCACGUUCUUGGGACGUGGCGGGGAGCUAGUGGACGCGUUCUCUGAGCUUAUGGGAAGGCAAAGAGAGGGUUGUUCUAAUGGGAAAGGAGGGUCAAUGCAUUUUUAUAAGAAGGAUAUGCGUGUUUCUACGGUGGGGCAUGGGAUCGUUGGCGCGCAGAUUCCCCGUUGGGGUGUGGUUUGGCGUGUUUGCGCAGAAGUAUGGGAAUGA